UGAUUGAACAGCUUGUUGAUGCAUACUGCAGGCAGGCUGGAUUCAUCACCCACAUGCGAGGGGACAGAUGCACAUGGACUUGAGGGCUCGCAUCUGAGUCUUCUGGGGUUCAGUCUUCCUAGCGUCCAUGCGUCUGAUAGUACCUCCACAAAGACCUUACCACAGCACCUAGGUAAACCAGAGUUCCCUGACACAGGAUGGAAUCGUAUCAAAGAUCUUUUCUACAGUGGCGAGAGUCAGAUGUAUUCAGAGGAGUUAAGGAAUAUAGUAAAGAGUGCCAUUGCUGCAGCCAUGGUCGGGAUGGUCUAUGGAGGCCUACCAGGAGCAAGACAUGCCCGUGAGAGAUUCAUCCAGCUCAGCCAGGCUGAAAUUGACCAAAACAGAGUGGAUGCAGUGGUAAGCCCUCCCUGGAUCAGGACCUUUGGCUGGAGGUGGAGCUGGAGGGUAGCAGCUUUUGUGACCAUGUUUAACUCUGUAAGUACUGGAUUGACAGUGUACAGAGACAAAAAUGAUCUGAGCCAUUUCGCUGCUGCAGGUGCUCUCACAGGAGGAGUGUUCCGGCUGAAUCUGGGACUUAGAGGGCUGCUGGCUGGUAUAGCCAUAGGAGCUGUACUGGGGCUGCCGGCUGGAGUUGUAGUCAUUGGUCUGCAGAAGCUGGAGGGCGAGACCAUGCAUGACAAGAGACAACGGGAAAGACGAGAGCUACAUGAGCAGAGAGUCGCUGAAUGGAAUGCUCGUCUCAAGCUUACAGAUGAUCUUAUUGGAGAAAUGAAGUGUGAGAAACAUCAGGACACUGAUAAUGACCUUCAACGAAUAGAGGAGCUGCUCAAUCAACCCAGGAAUGAGAAAGGUGCAAAGAGCUCUGACAGCCAGUAACAUCAGAGACUUGAAAAUUAAUUAACAAAAACUUGCUGAAUAUUCUGACUGAUCUUUCUAGGAUGUUCUAAAUCCCUGGUACCUGCUCCCAGUAUUUCUGUCAGUCACCAUCAUCAAUGUAAUACUUAUCUUCAAAUGCAAAUGAUAUUUAGCCUACUACUGCACUUAUGUGUAUAUCGCUAUUUUAAAACCUGCUGAUGCAGUUGGGUAAAGUAUUUGGAUUAGACGCAUUUACAAGUAACAAGUGUGUGUGUUAUUGUAAUUGAUUGGUCUAACAAUGUAAAAUA